AUGAAAACCGCCAACCUGGACAACUUCGACCUCAUCCACGAGGAGGUCGCCAAGGUCAUGGAGAAGGAGCUAGACAAGUGCGGAUCACUCAAGGCCCUGAUCCAAGCAGAGCACGACAAGGGCUGGGAGCAAGUUAAGCUGCGCAUGGAGCAGCUCCAGGCUGCUAAGCAGAAGAUCCAGGAGCAAAAGAGAGCGACGAAGGAGAAGGCGGAGGUCCACGUGAAGGAGCUGGACGAAGCCGUUGCAGCAGCUGAGGCUGCUGCCUCGGUCUUGAAGGAGGCCGCCGAGAGGCUGACGGUCGAUGGGGCAGAGAAGUUCAAGCUCGAGCAGGCCAGGGCUGUGGCCCAAGGGGCCCAGGGCAUUGUUGCAUACCUCCGAGGUCUUUAUACGAUUCUGUGCUGGCCGGUGUUUCGAACUCUGCAAAGAUUGGAGUAG